UUGGGCAAACAAAAGUCUAAAUACCAUUCUUAGCUUCUCACAUCUCUCUCUCUCUCUCUCUCCAACUAAUUUAAACAACUCUUCAUUAAGUUUAGCUCUUCUCUAAGAAAGCUCAAAUGGAAAAUUCAGCACUAAGCAACUGCGUGAGGCGAACAGUAUUCUCUAAUCAACAGAGAACAACACAAGAAGGUCUAGAAGAGAGUAGUUGGACAAUGUACUUUGAAACCGACGAUGGUAUUAGCCAUUAUGAAGAUUCCUCCAUGAUCUCAGACGCUGCAUCUCCUAUGAUCUAUCUUGAAGAGGACACGGCUUCAUCUCCUUCUAACAGAACCAAGGGUUAUAGUGAAAUGGAAGAAAAUACGAUAGAAGUAAAAACCAUGAAUAAUACUAAAACCGAGGAGAAAGGAUUGAAUAAGAAAGGGACAAUGAAGGAAGAAUAUUGCGCAGAAUUGAAGAAGAGAGGACUUUGCUUAGUACCUUUGUCGAUGUUGUCUAAUUAUAUUGGUUGAUACUUCGUUUGAUUUUCCAAUUUAUAAUCUUUUAUCUUUUAUUGUGAUUAAAGUUUUUUGCUGUAAAAUCUAUAGAAUGUACUUAGUAAAUGUAGUGAAAGUUGAAGCAAUGGUGGAUUAUGUAUUGUAUAUGUAUAAAAUGCGCAAGCAAGAGUGCAAGUUUUGUAAAACAUUUCGAGACAUGU